CUUGCUGAUCAAACGGGUGUGCAGGGGAAGUGACCAUUGUUCUAAUUUAUUCAGCCGCAAGACCUUUAAUUGGUUAAAUCCGAUGUCACUCAGCAGCCCCAGUCUUCUUAUUGGUUCUCAUUGCCUCCGGGGGCUUCCCUUGGUGCGCAUAUAUAUCUCGUAUAAACGGCAGCAUUUCCGUUCCGAUUCAGCUGCGGCACCGUCCUUGUAUCUACUGUCUGCACUCGUGUAGUUUCACAAAAAAAUAAAGUUUAAUCCCAAUCAUGCCUAACCCCAGAGUUUACUUCGACAUCACUAUCGGCGAUACCCCCGCCGGAAGGAUUGAAAUGGAGCUUUUUGCAGAUGUUGUCCCCAAGACUGCAGAGAACUUCCGUGUCCUGUGCACUGGGGACAAGGGGUUUGGCUACAAGGGCUCCAGCUUCCAUCGCAUCAUCCCCGGUUUCAUGUGCCAGGGCGGAGACUUCACCAACCACAAUGGAACUGGGGGCAAGUCCAUCUACGGCAAUAAGUUUGCUGACGAGAACUUCACCCUGAAGCACACAGGCAUGGGCUGUCUGUCCAUGGCCAACGCUGGCCCUAACACCAACGGGUCCCAGUUCUUUAUCUGCACUGCGAACACUGACUGGCUGAACGGCAAGCAUGUUGUGUUUGGCAAGGUGGUCGAGGGCCUCAACAUCAUCGCUAGCAUGGAGAAGAAGGGUUCCAGCAGCGGCAAGUGUUCCGCCAAGGUCGCCAUCGCUGACUGCGGAGAGCUCUGAGCGUCCCUCCCACCCCUCCUUCACCCAGCGUUGAGCCUUUCCUCCCUUGUUCCCUCCAUGCAGCUCUAAGCAUCAACCUCUCCUUACUUCCCCUUGAUCUCUCCCCUCCCCAGAAUCAAAAAUAUUCCCUAAUAUUGAGAUUAGUUUUUUUACCAUUCCUCUCCCUUAGGGAACGGUUUGUCCUGUGUCUGAACUUGUUUCAUUUGUGGCUUGCCUUUAUUUUGCAUUUUGAAUUGUCCCAUGUGGACCACUUUUGUUUAACAAAAUCAGAAUAAAGUGGCAAAAGACUCCUUAACUGAC